AGCAACUGGUAGAAAUGACAGGAUUAUCACCGCGCGUUAUACGUGUGUGGUUUCAAAAUAAACGCUGUAAAGACAAAAAGAAAACCAUACAAAUGAAAUUGCAAAUGCAACAAGAAAAGGAGGGUCGUAAAUUGGGCUAUGGAGCAAUGCAGGGAAUACCGAUGAUUGCCAGUUCGCCCGUGAGACACGAUUCACCACUUAAUCUGCAGGGUAUCGAUGUACAGACAUAUCAACCACCAUGGAAAGCCUUGUCAGAUUUUGCACUACACGCUGAUUUGGAUAGUAAUGGUGCCAUAAAUACCCAUACACCAGCAUUUCAACAACUAGUCAAUCAGAUGCAUGGUUAUGAUCUAAAUGGCAUGCCACCAUUACAACCCCACCAACAAGGACCACAUCCGCAAAUACCGGGUCAACAAAUGAACGGUCCACCCGGUGGCAGUAUGGACUCAGGAAUUACCUCACAUCAUCAUCCGGACAGUACAGAUUCCUAUGUCACCUAUUUGGAGAGCGAUGAUAAAAAACUAACGUUGACGCCAUCCUCAACAACAUCAUCAUCCUGUUCCUCAGCAUCCUAUUCUGUUGCUGGCAAUGCAGGUAUCUCUCAAACAGUACAAUACAACAACAACGCAGGACCAUCAUCAGCAUCAUCCAUAUCAUCACCACCGACUUCUUCAUCAACGGCUUUUGGAUCACAUGCAAAUGCCAGCAGUAGCAGCAACAAUGGAGGUGGCGGAGGACAUAUGCCAUCGGCUACGGAACAAUUGAUGCAGAUGCUGCAAAAAGUCACAGGAUCACCCACAUCAGCACCGACAGCGUCAUCGUCGUCAUCAUCUGGAUCUCGUUCAAUGGGAAUUUUAUGA